GUGAUAUUCACCCCUGAUGGCAUGUGGGGAGAUUAUUACAGAGCCGCUAAUGGUCGCAGCGAUUGAUUUAGGAACAACAUUCUCAAGUUACGCUUUCGCCACCAGAGGUGAUUUCAAAGAUGAUCCAACAAAAAUAUCCUCUUAUGCAUGGUUUACUGGCUCACAGCCGGGACUGUCACUCAAAACACCCACCUGCAUUCUGUUUGACAAAGUUCAAAAUUUCUUUGCAUUUGGUGCUGAAGCAGAAGAUAAAUACACAGAGCUAGCACAAGAGGAAGACCACAUACACUGGUCAUUCUUUAGAAGGUUCAAAAUGCAGCUAUAUGACAAACAGGAAAUAUCUAGGGAUUUUAUGUUGGUAAGUGAGAAUGGUUGUCUUAUACCAGCAAUGAAGGUCUUCUCAGAGAGUAUUAAGUAUCUUAAAACACACUUAGAGAAUCACAUCAACAGUAAAACAUUGUGUUUUAAACCACAGGAGAUAGAAUGGGUGCUAACGAUCCCAGCUAUUUGGACAGAUCCUGCAAAGCAGUUUAUGAGAGAGGCUGCUAAUAUUGCAGGUAUACCCAACAGCCGCCUUAUACUGGCGUUAGAACCAGAGGCUGCUUCCGUCUACUGUAAGAACUUACCUGUAGAUAGAACAGUAUGUUCGGAACGGAAAUCUGUUCUUGAAGUUUUUUCACCUGGUACCAAGUAUCUUAUACUGGACGCGGGAGGUGGUACUAUUGACAUCACUGUACAAGAAAUCAAACCAGACGGUAAUAUCAAACAGAUUUAUAUGGCCAAUGGAGGUGAUUGGGGUGGAGUCAAAGUCGACCAAGCAUUCGAAGAAUUCCUGACGGAUAUAGUAGGAAUAGAGACAAUGGAAGAGUUCCGCGAGGAAGAUAAAUUAGAAUACUUGAGCCUCUGCAGGGAAUUUGAAAUGAAAAAGCGUGAUAUUCGUCCAGACAGCAAAGCAAAGUGUACAAUACGUGUACCAGUUUGUUUAAUCGAGAGGCUGCAGAACGUCAAAGGAAUGUCUUUGAAAGAAAUAUCAAAUUCUAACAAAUCGAUAGUAUGGGUUGGUGAUAAAUUACGCCUCGAUUCGGAAACUGCUAAAUCCUUCUUUACUGAGGCUUCCAGACAAAUAAUUGACCAUAUAAGUGGCAUCUUUGAAGAAUCAGCAGUCGUAGGUACGGAAGCUAUAGUGAUGGUCGGAGAUUUCUCAGAAUCUCCAAUGCUUCAGGAGGCAAUAAAGACAGCAUUUCCAAACAUGACUGUGAUAAUUCCAGAGGAAGCUGGUGUGGCGGUACUAAAAGGUGCUGUCCAGUUCGGAUUCAAUCCACAAGUAAUCAGUCCUCGCAUCGGUCGAUUUACAUAUGGAAUAAGUACAAACAAACGCUUUCGUCCACAUACAGAUCCGGAGGAUAAAAAGCAAAUCGUCAAUGGUAUAAUGUAUUGCCGUAAAAGAUUUGGCAAACAUGUUGAGAGAGGUCAAUCCAUUGAACAAGGAGAAGUAAGCGAACAACAAACAUACAACCCUUUAACAGCUGACCAGAACCGAAUUAUACUUCCUAUAUAUGUUUCACUAUCAAUAGAUCCCCAGUAUGUUGAUGAAGAAGACUGUACAUACCUCGGUGAUCUUGAGGUGGAUAUGUCGGAUAUUCAGGGAGGGUGUGAACGGGAAGUCAUUGUAGGGAUGAGAUUUGGAGGGCCCGAUAUUGCUGUGGAGGCCAUUGUGAAAUCAACAGGAGAAACUGUUGAUGCCCGUUUUAACUGCUUGCGUUAAUUUCGUGUACUGAAUGAUUUCCUUUUUUAACAUAACACUACAUUAUAUAUUUUCUGUGAUACAAAAUACUUCUCUA